CGCGCAGAGGAGGGAUCCAGCCGUGCGAUUGGAUCGUAUCGGACGGCUCCGCGACUAGAAAACGCCAUUAUCGCCAAUCUCGCCAUGGGAGUGACCAAGGAGGGCGUCGAGGAAACGCUCAAGGCCAAGCUCACCCCGACCCAUCUGGUCGUCAUCGAUACAUCCGGAGGAUGUGGGGCUAGCUUCGACAUCGAGAUCGCGUCUUCGAAUUUCGAGGGCAAGAGGCUACUGGAGCGCCAUCGCCUGGUGAACGCGGCGCUGGCUGAGGAGCUCAAAGACAUCCACGCCCUCUCCAUCCGCAAGGCCUUGACGCCCAAGCAAUGGGAAGAACAGCACCCGGCGCCUGAGAAUCUGGCCACGGCGUGAGCGCUCUUCUAUGAAUUAGCUUUGAUCUUUGCUUUCUUCUCGGCACGAAAAAACCCCCGCGAAGAAUUCGCUCGCUUUAAAGAAUCUCAUCGACCAUAUAUUU